UCGAGACAGCUCGCAGCUGGCAGUGACAGACUGCACUGAAGUCAGUAGAGGCGUGUAUUCGUGGAAAGGUGCACAGAGACAAACACAGGAGAAAACUGAGCAGCUGCUAACUUAUUUUUUUCUUUUUGCAGAAUUUUACAGAAGCUGAUUCAAUCUGAAAGAAUAUUACAAAGUGUCAAUCAUAGGGUUAGAGUUCCAUUUUAUACAUAUAUGUGAGUGUGUGUGUGUGUGUGUAAUUUUGCCCUUCUCAUACGGUACGUAAUUCUUAGGAACAGUGGCUACUAUGGACAGAAUUCUGGACAAUUUUUCUUCAGAGAAACUUUUCCCCAAUUCCAACCUCUUGGAUCUUGAGGAUUUGAAUGAAGCAGAUUUUUUCAAUAAUGUGCAUUUCUCUGAGAACAUGGAAGAUUUCUCCAACGAGCUGUUUAACAGUUUCUUCGACGACCCCCUCCUGGCUGAGAAGAGCCCCCUGUUGGAUAUGGAUCUGGACCCUCCCAAUCCAGACAUCCAGGCUGAGCACAGCUACUCUCUGAGUGGGGACUCGGCUCCUCAGAGCCCCAUCACGUCCAUCAAAAUGGACGAGGAUGACCAAGAUUCAGAUGCUAGCAUGUGGUGCUUGGGCCAUGAACUUUCCGCCAUACUGGUGAAACAGGAACCCAACCUACUGGCAGAGCCAACUCCGACUCCCAUGGUAACCAACGCCCCCCAGCCCAUAAACCUGGCCCCGCUUCCCAGGCUCGCUCCCACAGAAGAAAUGGCUCCUAAGGAAGUGAAUCCCCUUCCUCUGAUUAAAGCUGAACCCAGAGAAGUGAACCAGUUCCUGAACAUCCCAUCAGAUGAGCUGGUGCAGCUGCCCCCUACUCCCCCCAGCAGUCACGGCAGCGACAGCGAUGGCUCCCAGAGUCCUCACUCCCUGCCCCCCUCCAGCCCAGUCCGACCACAGCCUCGUACCUCCACUGCCAUCUCCUCCUCGCCCCUUCUCACAGCACCUCACAAGCUGCAGGGAACCUCGGGGCCUCUGAUGCUCACUGAGGAGGAGAAGCGCACCCUCGUCGCAGAGGGCUACCCCGUCCCAAAUAAGCUGCCCCUCACCAAGACUGAAGAGAAGGCACUGAAACGGGUCAGGAGGAAGAUCAAAAACAAGAUUUCCGCACAAGAGAGCAGAAGAAAAAAGAAGGAAUAUGUAGAGUGCCUGGAGAAAAAAGUCGAGACGUAUACAUCAGAGAACAAUGAACUGUGGAAGAAAGUAGAGACUCUGGAAAAUGCAAACAGGACUCUGCUUAAGCAGCUGCAGAAGCUGCAGACCCUUGUGACUGGAAAAGUGCCCAGAUCCUGCAAAAUGGCUUCAACGCAAACCGGAACCUGCCUCAUGGUGGUGGUUUUGUGUUUUGUGCUGGUCCUGGGCUCCUUCAUGCCAAGCAUCCCAGAAUUCUCCUCUGUGUCACAGACAGUGAAGUCAACUCCCCUGUCCUCGGCGGACGCUUACACCAGCAGCAAGAUUCGCUCCCGAAGCCUGCUUUUCUAUGAUGAGGGGGCCUCUCUGGAGGACAGAUACAGCUCCUUCCUGGCAGUGGAGCACACCAAUGACUGGGAGGCUUCACCCAAAGACUUUGCAGAUGAGGGGGAGGUGGAGACUCGAGACCCGCCCCAGGGGCACACAAACAGGGCACACGAGGCCUCCAAGUACCUCAGCAAACUAGAUGUGCUGGACUUCAACAGGACGGACUCCGAGUUCAUUCACCAGAAAGAACAGUUUCACAAAAGGGAUGUGAACUCCGACAGCCCUGGAGAAUUUGUGUAACCCGUCUGAUGGGAGCUGCUCUCUGCAGCCAGAUCAUCUCCUAACUGAUGGUUCUCAGUAGUAGGGAGGCUGUCCACUCCAGGUGCUGGUUAGCCCGAGCGCUAAUGCUUACCAAAGCCUGUGGCAUCUUCGCACUAACACUGUGCCAAUCAUAACGUCCAUU